UGCCGUUUGUUGCGGUCUUUCUGUCCUUAAUAUCUCCCCGAAUUUGCGCUCAGAUAUUCGAGUUUGGCCGUUAUCCCGUUUCUGAUAAAAAAUAACGAAAUAACAUCAUGGCAUUUUGCGGUAUUCAAUUCUUCGUAGGAAUUAUUUUGAUCGGAAUAUUAGGGAGUGCAAUGGCUUUGAAAUGCUUCAUAUGUGGAAUGUAUAAUGAUGGAGUCGGAUCCAUAACACCUUGUAUAAACGAUACCAAUAUGCCUGUCAGAGAAUGCCAAGGGGACAAAUAUAAAUUCUGCAUUAAAUACCAGAGUGAAGGUUCAACUGUCAGGGAUUGUGUAGUGGACUGCACAGAAAGGGAGGACUGGGGAUCCAAGACCUACUGUUGCAACGAAGACAGCUGCAACUCCUCCAUCAUCUCCCAAUCUUCAACAGUGUUCACAGCAAUGUUACCAGUAAUUUGUUUCCUCAUGCGCUGAAAUUGAGAUUAACGAAUUUCAGUGUGUAAUCAUGCAAGCGAUAAUGAAUUAUGAGCACACAUUCCUGAAUGAUAUUCUAAAUCGUUUUCUAGUCUUCCUUCUAAUUUUUUUCGAAUAAUUCAUGCAAUAAGCUACACAAAACUGUCAAGGGUCGAACUAGCAUUUGGAAAUUUUCCUAGUAUAAGAAUUUUAGUAGAUUAAUGGCUGCAAAAAUAUAUGAGCAAUACUAACAAAGCGAGAUUAUUGACUUUUGCUGUGAGAAUUUUUACACUUGUUCAUGAUUCCUAGAUCGAUCCUUGUUUUCUAUGUAAAUAAAUCUAUUAGGAAUAAUCUUUACACAUAAAGUAGAAUAAGUAGAUAAUAAGAAGUGUUGUUCGUUUUUUAAGCAUAUGAUAUGAGAUUGUUCGUUAUUCUUGCAUAGGCAGAUCUCACAAGUCUAGAAAUAGUUUUUAUCGCAUUUUUGAUCACAUCGGACAUUGAACUAAGAGGUUUCAAGAGAUUCUGAACAUAUCACCCUGAUGACAUCACAAUUCAUAUAUUUAGAUUGAGGAAUAUAUUUCUGAUGAGCAUCACCAUAAACGGUACAAUUCAUUCAAUUGUCAUUUAUUACUGGAAAUAUUUGAUUAUUAAAAUGAGUAUGCUUUAUGA